GUACUACUACUGCUCAGGAUAUCCCAACCUAGAGUAUACUCCCUGGCCCCUUUCCUGUGUUCUCUUGGAUCCAAGUCCUAGAAUAAUUAAUAGUUAUGCCAACGGAGGAAAAUAACAGAAGAUUAUUCAGCUCCUUCUAGUUUAUUUAAAUAAAAAGCCAGCAGAAAUUAAUUUUCCUUUAAAUUCAGACUUCUCUAAUGGAGUAUAUCCAUAGAAACUUGUUUCAUCAAUGAAUCGUGAAAGAAAUAGGUAGCAAAAUAAAAUUAAGACACUUUCUUUAUCAUUUGUCUUUUGUUCUGUACUUGAACAUUAUUCUUGAAUACCUUAUAAAUCCAAAAAGCAGGUCUUCCUUUGAGAUAGAAGGGGAAUUUUCUAACCCAGUUUAAACAAGAUUGAUUCAAGAUAGAUUAGGUAGAUUGCUGACUUAAAGUCAGAUCAAGAAAAGGAAAGGAGUCCUCUGAAUGUACAUGAAUUUUGUCAUUUUUAUAAAGACUUUUGGGGAUUAUAUUAUAGAUGAAGAGAGCCAAUUAAACCAAAACAUAAGUUUGUGAAGUUUGUUGGGCACAGUUCUACAUGAGGAAAAUCGAAUAGUUUUUCUGUAGAAACUUUUUUCAUAUCUUGUUCAUAUGAUUCAAUGGAGAAAAUGAAUUUUUCCUCAAUAUCUUUCUUGACCUAAGCUAUCUUUUAUACAUUUUAUUCAGUGCAAAAGACAUAGUUUUCUAAGGAGAUUGUUAAAUUACCUAUAACUGUCAAAUACUUGGACUUUCAAGAUGAGAAGAUAGUUAUGUUUACAUAGAAGCAGCAUUUUGAAAGAAGCUAAAGAAAUUAUCAUUAUCAUCAUCAUCAUCAUCCUAUGCCAAGACCCAUAACAAAACCUAGUUUUUUAAGAAUGAGUAUUUUAGUCAGCGAAGUGAAUUUAUGCUAAUCCUAAAAAACUAGCUUCAUCAUUAGACAAGUCUUCUUACAGGAUUGCUAUGCUAGUACAGACUUUAUGAGAACCACCAUGAACAGGAGAAAUUUGGUUUUUUUUGCCAAGGAACUCCUAAGCAGUUAUUCUAGGUUUCAUAUUGUUCAUGAUUCCAUCUUUGGCUUUAGUGUAUACAAAAAAAUAAAUUACAAGUUUUCUAGCAUCUUCUUGUUCUCCCAAGAACAGAUAAUAUUUGUCCAACAGAUGUAUCCAUCCAACAGGAUCUUGAUACACUUCACUAGCAUCCUGGUUCUCAAGAAGAAUAGGAUAGGACAGAAGCCUUCCAAGUCUACAAUCUCAUGCUGGAUUAGAGGUUACAUCUGAGUCAUAUUCGGCUACAGGAACUAAUCCAUCUCAGAGAAUCUGGCCUCAUUCACCCAGGGCUACGACUGGUUCCUGGGCAGAGAAAGCUCUGACUCCAACUGAAGAAACUUGUAAGAGAUCCGCUGAUGGUUCAAGUCCAGAAGAUGGAGAAGGUGAGGAAAUCUGCCAGAUAUUGGAUGUAUUCUGACCGAGAAGAUGGAAAUUACUGUCCUCCUAUAAAACGGGAAAGAACUUCUUCAUUAACUCAAUUUCCUCCAUCACAGUCAGUAUCAAAAAACAAUGUUUUUAUGCCAUCAACCUUCUGUGAACCAUCUGCAGGCAAUUCUGACUCAGAACCAGAGGAAAAGAGCAGUGGAUUCCGACUGAAGCCUCCCACACUUAUCCAUGGUCAGGCACCCAGUGCAGGUCUACCAAGCCAGAAACCUAAGGAACAGCAGCGAAGUGUGCUACGCCCAGCAGUAUUACAAGCUCCCCAGCCAAAGGCACUUACGCAAACAGUUCCUAACAGUGGCACUAAUGGUGUUAAUGUACCUUCAGAAUGUCUAGGAGCAGCUACAUCUGAAUCAAUAAAUAAUAGUGCAUUGAGGAAUCCUUCUGAGUCUGCUGACAAGGAGAAAGAGCCCCAGAAAAAUGAGUCUAGCAAUACUUCCGAGGAUGAGACCUGUGAGAGAAAAAAGCAAAUUGCACAGCAAGCAUUUGUAUUUGGGCAAAACUUGAGGGACAGAGUUAAGCUAGGACAUGAAAAUGCUGAAACAAGUGAGUUACAGAAUGCAGGGCAUUCGAGCUCUGAAACACCAUCUGCAACCAACUAUUUUCUACAAUACAUCAGCUCCAGUUUAGAGAACUCAACAAAUAAUGCUGAUGCCUCCAGCAACAAAUUUGUAUUUGGACAGAACAUGAGUGAAAGAGUGCUGAGUCCACCAAAAUCUAGUGAAUCUAGUAUAGAUGCCAGCAAGGACAAUACUGCUGCUGAAUCUGGCUCAGAAUCCUCCUCCCUAGAAGCCACCCCUGAGAAAGCUAAUAAUGUUUCAGAGUCACUGGCAGAAUCAGCAGCUGCCUACACCAAGGCCACAGCCAGGAAGUGUUUACUAGAAAAGGUGGAAGUGAUCACCGGCGAAGAGGCAGAGAGCAACGUAUUACAGAUCCAAUGCAAGUUGUUUGUGUUUGACAAAACAUCACAGUCUUGGGUGGAAAGAGGCAGAGGACUACUCAGACUUAAUGACAUGGCUUCAACAGAUGAUGGGACGUUACAAUCUCGACUGGUAAUGCGGACCCAAGGGAGCUUGCGGCUUAUCCUCAACACCAAGCUAUGGGCACAGAUGCAGAUUGACAAAGCCAGUGAGAAGAGCAUCCGAAUCACAGCCAUGGACACUGAGGAUCAGGGAGUCAAAGUGUUCUUGAUCUCGGCCAGCUCCAAAGAUACUGGGCAGCUGUUUGCAGCACUGCAUCACCGGAUCUUAGCAUUGCGCAGCAGGAUAGAGCAAGAACAGGAGACCAAGAUCCCAGCUCCAGAGCCUGAAGUGACACAGUCAAAUGAGGAGGACAGCGAUGAUGAUGUUCUGGCUCCUUCUGCAUCCACCGGAGGGGGCACCGGUGAUGAAGGGGAUGGGCAGACAGUCGGGAGCACAUAGCAGCUGGAAGCUCAUCUGCUUGCAAGGCUGCUGCUUGUCCACUCUCCCCCCUUCCCCCGGCAGGCGCCGCGAUCGUUCCAGGCAGUGUUGGCGGCUCCAGGACUUAGGAACCAUGCAUCCCUGUUCUGUUUGUUCGUUUCUUUGGUCUGGAUCAGUAGAUUCCACACAAAGCAGACUCAGAAAACUGCCUGAAUGUGGUUUGGGACAUGAAAGCUCAUCAUAUUGAUGAGCAGAAAAAUAACCUUCCUUUCCCCUCUUUUCAUUGAAAUGGCACAUUGACUUGUCACACACAACCCCUCCUUGGGACCUGAGGAUUCUGUUUCUUCAGUAGCUCAUGUGGCACCGGCCUCCGGAAAAUCAUUUUGCAGCCCCUCCCAGGGCUUUAGCCAUAGCUCUUGGGUCUGUCUGUCCUCCUCCCCUUGUUACCAUCUGACUCUUGGAGCCCCUGUCCAACUGCAGGGAAGCAACACUGAGCAAUUUCUGUUCCCUUAAAUCAUCACCCUCAAUCUGCUCCACCUCCCAGGUUUGGGCUCCUUGGAGAAUGGACAGCUUGAGUAUUUUCAUCUUGUCCAUUUCACCACAAGGGCAGUCUGGCCAGGCUCAGGGCCCCAUUCUUUUUUCCACUGGCCCCUGUUGCCCAGGUCCAAGCCUCCAGGCAGCAUUGAAGGGCCCAGUGGGUGUUUCACUAACUCCUUCCUCUCCUGUGUCCAAUAUUGUUUGG